UUGACUUUCAAAUGAGCCAUGAGAUUAAUAAUAUUUCUUCUGUUCCGCGUUGUCUCAAAAGUCGUUUCCUUAUAUUUUAGUCUGCGUUUUGUUUCCUCGAAUUCUCAACAGAACUAUGCACGCUCAGACAAGUGAAUGGUUUGCUGUUGACAUCACUUUGGAUUGCUAGUUUAUUAGCUACUUCCGUAUGUGUCCCAAUGUACGUAGUUUUUCUCACGGACAUUUAAUUUGCGUCGAUCACUUCAAAUUAAAUGUCUUUGCUGAGUACAGGACUCUAGGACCUAUACCUUUUUUUGUAGGCGGGGUUUCUGGGUUGUGGAUACACGUCAGCCACCUACGUUAGAUCAGCGUGGUGGUAGUACCCUGUACUGUCAUUCAGAGAAUUGACAUUAUUUGGGUCUGACGGAAUUCGCAUCAGCGCACAUGAUCUAGUGAGAUAUUUGUUAUCACUACAAUUGCUUUACGAGGUGAAGACCGUGUCACCUCUCGAAAUGGCAGCGUUGGGAGCUGUGAAUCGACUUUUCCUAUUUGCCAAGUGCAGCAGCAGUAACGUAAGCCUGUGCAUAAGUAGAUGGCAGUCAACUGCAGCUGCGGCGGCCGUUGCUCGGCAGCCAACCCCAGACAUACAGGCCAACAGGAAACCCAAGACUGGAAUUCUCAUGAUGAACAUGGGUGGGCCAGAGAAGUUGGAUGAUGUUCAUGACUUCCUCUUACGACUCUUCUCAGACAGAGACCUCAUUCAGCUUCCGGUGCAAAACACACUCGGGCCCUUUAUCGCCAAGCGCCGCACCCCAAAGAUCCAGGAGCAGUACAGCCGUAUUGGGGGCGGCUCCCCUAUUAAGCAGUGGACUACCUUGCAGGGCGAGGGCAUGGUCAGGCUGCUGGACGAGAUGAGCCCAGAGACAGCGCCACACAAGUUCUACAUCGGCUUUCGCUACGUGCACCCGCUCACAGAGGAGGCCAUCGAGGAGAUGGAGAGAGACGGUGUGGAGAGAGCAGUGGCCUUCACCCAGUACCCCCAAUACAGCUGCUCUACCACAGGAAGCAGUCUGAAUGCUAUAUAUCGCUACUACAGCGGCAGGGAGGACCGGCCCAAGAUGCGCUGGAGUGUCAUCGACCGCUGGCCCACACAUCCGCUGCUGGUUGAGUGCUUUGCCCAGCACAUCCUAAAUGAGCUGGAGAAGUUCCCCCCGGAGAAGAGAGACGACGUGGUGAUCCUGUUCUCUGCCCACUCUCUGCCCAUGGCGGUGGUGAAUCGAGGUGACCCGUACCCCCAGGAGGUGGGAGCCACUGUUCAGAGAGUCAUGGAGAGAUUAGAACACUGCAAUCCCUAUCGACUCGUCUGGCAGUCAAAGGUGGGGCCCCUGCCCUGGCUGGGCCCGCAGACAGAUGAUGUGAUCAAGGGUCUGUGCCAGCGCGGCAAGAAGAACCUGCUGCUGGUGCCCAUAGCCUUCACUAGCGACCACAUCGAGACGCUCCACGAGCUGGACAUCGAGUACUCCCAGGUGCUCGGGGAGGAGUGUGGCGUGGAGAACAUCCGGAGAGCAGAGUCUCUGAACGGGAACCCUAUCUUCUUCAAGGCUCUAGCUGACCUGGUCCAGGCGCACCUGAAGUCGGACCAGUCCUGCUCUCGCCAGCUCACUCUCCGCUGCCCCUUGUGUGUGAACCCCACCUGUGGGAAAACCAAGGCCUUCUUUGCCAAUCAGAAGCACUGACCUGAGACCGCCUCACUGACCCGCCCCCCCCACCCCACCCUCUCCUGUCAGCUGUCCAAUUCAGAAGAUGAGAAGCUCAGCCGCACUAAACGAAGCGCAACAAAACCCAGCCCUAAAGCCGCAGCAACGCACAAAUAGACUUUUUUUUUUGCACUGUUUCACCCCCUGCUUACAUUCCAUGCAAUUCCCCGAACAGCCCUGUUUCCACCAUGAAGGAGGAUGAGGAGGAACCACAGGGAUGCCUCUCCUCCUCCCUUUUCAUCCUCUCUCAGUCCUCCACCCCCCACCUUCUCCGCCUCACACCAGAGGUCAAGUGGAGGAGAGACUCACCUCUCCAGCCAUUCUGCUAAAAAUACCAUUACCUGCACCCCUGUCCCAAAAACCACGCACACACACACACACACACAAACUCACACACACACACACACACACACACACACACACACACACACACACACACACACACACACACACACACACACACGCACACCACUCGUACCCGUUCUCUUUUUACCAGCCCACCUCUCCCUGUUUCCCACCCUCACUUCACCGUCCAUACGGCAGCACGGCGUAUCGUGCAGAGGAGCCCAGCGUCCCAUUUCAACAUUACAACUCCUCCCCCCUCACCUCCUCAGCUCCUCGGUGUGACGUGCCUUCCCAUUCCUCCCAUCCAGACCCUCUGGCUCCAGCCUGUUCUUACUGUGUGGUUAGCAUUAGCAACAGAGCGCAGUUUAUUUACACCACUCGCUGUCUGGUCAGGGUGCUAAGGUGACUAUGCUUAUAUUUGUGGAUUGUGUAAAAAAUAUGUUCCAUGAGUGUCUACUUAUAUUGAUGUUGAAAUAUUUCCUAUAUUUUAGGCUGUUUUUGAUUUAUUUAUUUUGCUCUGGGCAAAAAAACGAAACUGAAAGUCAAAAGAUUUCUUGGUACUAGCUCUUGCCUCUGACUGCCUGGACAAGAGUCCGAUGCAGACUUCUCACUCAUCACCCAGUCUUCCAUCAGAAUGGAAUGAGAAAAAACAGACCCGCUGAUCAUCUCAUCAAAUUUGGCCAUCACAUUUUCAUCAUUCUCCACAAAGUGUCCAUCAUAAUCAUCACCAUCAUCAUCCAUCGACCUUCAUCAUCCUCUUCUUUCUUCCUCUCUUCUCAUCCUCCUCCUUGGCUGCUUCCCAUGGUCACCAGGGCUCUGUUGAUUAAGCUGAGAGAAAUUGGUUGUCCUGGACCCAAUAACCCCUUUGAGCCCUGAGCACGUGUGUGUGUGUGUGUGUGUGUGUGUGUGUGUGUGUGUGUGUGUGUGUGUGUGUGUGUGUGUGUGUGUGUGUGUGCGUGUGUACACACAUUGGUGAGUUGCUGGCCGUGCUGGGAAGAAUGAAUGAGUGAGGCAGGGAGGGAGAGAGAGAGAGAGAGAGAGAGGGAUCUCGCUCUGGGGUCUAGUGAGGGUCUCCUGGUAAUUGAAAAGCUGGGGACGCUUGCUCCACGGAACAGUGUGACCUCUAAUUGAGAGCCGAGCGAUUGAUUUCUCCACCGUGAGAGAGAAAGAAGGCGUGCUGGGCAAGUGGAGGAGGAGGAGGAGGAGGAGGAGGAGGAGGGGUGACAGGAGGAGACUGAAAUGGGGGUGAGGCUGAGCUGCACAGAAAGAGGAGAGGGGGAGAGAAGGAAAGAACGAGAGAUAAAGCAUGCCAUCAGAGGAGGGAAGCUAGGUCUGACCACAGAGAGGUUUGGCGCAGACGGGAGAAUGGAGGAAGGAUUGUGGGACGGAGGGAGUGAUAGAUAUGGAAGUGAGAGAGCAGGAAGAGAAGAGAAGAGAACUGCAACGUUACAGAAGGAAAAACCUCAAAACCAACACAAGCAAAACCUCUUGAAAUGACUGAGGGAUCUCCUGUUUGUACCUGCCUUUAGGGAGGUUCCUACUUCAAUCUAAUAACUAUGUUGACUUCUCUUGUAUGGAUGAUUGAUGUUGAAUUCUAGCUUGUUUACACACUGAAAUGAAAUCUCCCAACAGUACAAUCAGGAAGUGUGUGCAUUUGAAAAUCACUGAAUUUGGCAGCCAAAUCAUAGCCGUAGCACUCAUCUUCACACAGUGGUCUGUGUGGCGCUCAUCUUCACACAGUGGUCUGUGUAGCGCAUCCGUUUCAUUUUGACUGUUGGAAUAGCAAACCCAAUCAACCUGUGCAAACACUGGAAUAAAAACCAGGAAAGGGAAUACACAUGCUUCCAAACCAUAAGUGAUCAAGAAGAGGGUCAAACAGCAGGCGCGUGCUUCUGUCUGCGCCCCUGCAACAGCAACUUUUGUGUUAGCUCCGUGACGGGAAACUUUCAAUGCCUUGGAUAAAUAUAUUCACUGCUUAUUGGCCUGCUACGCUGCUUCUUGUAAAGACACUGCUUCUCUCAGUAUACAGUUGAUGUGAAGUGAAGUGCAUUAGAAGACUGAACACUGAAGAUGAGGCAGGGCUGUGAUUUGUGUGCUAACACUGAAUAUGAAUGAUGUACAUAGAUGAAAUGUGUCAAUGCUAAUAAAUACAUUUAUUUAAAAAAAAAAAAAAAAAA